CUGCUAUUUGUUAUUAGUAUACAACUGAAAGAUAUAUUGGAUACUAUCCCAAAGAAUAGGCGCAACAAGCGAUGUCCUUUACAUUCUCUAGAUAGCCAUAAAUAUCGUUCGUCUGGGAUUUGGAUUGAUGUUUGGAUUUCGCUUUCACAGGAGUGUAGAGAAGAAAUUGUCACAAUAGAUUCUCAACUACUACUAGGGACAACAGAGAAUUAUCUUAGAAAACAUAAAUUUUGUUCGGAGUGCAGAGCAAAAGUUAUACGUGCAUUUGCUAUACUAUUAGGAGAAUUGGACAUUAUUGCGGAAAAAGAAUAUCGGAAAGAUCUAUACGAUGGCAUUGGUUGUUGCUGCAAUGAGCAUUGCAGGUGUAUAAAAGUGCGUUGUGAUACAGAUUUUAUUGCCCAUCUGAUCGAUAGAGCUGAGCCCGAGAUAUCAGGAAGUCGUAGGGAGCAUCAUGCAAAGUCGAUGGAGGCGGCUCAAGAAGAGAUAUUAACCUGUAUUGGAAUUCACUUGUGGGAGCGAUUACAUAGAUUAUGGCAAAAGUUGCGUACUGAAGAACAAACGUGGAUUAUGUUAUUUUACUUAUGUAUUGAAUCACUAAGGAGGAAAAGCGAGAUUGUAUUACGCGGAGGAGAAGGUGAAACACGUUUAGAAAAGAUAUUACAAGAAUUUUCAGAAGCAGACAAAGCUAAAGAAACCAAACGAGAGCAAAAACGC